AUAAUCUUCAUGUAAAUUUUCGAAAAUAAGUGCGACUGAUAAGAUUGAGAUCAGCUAGCAUCUAAAGGUAGAUUUGAUUAAAUAGGUUGUAACAAUAAAAUUAUCUUAUCAGAAAAGGGAAAAACGUGUCGCGGUCGCUGUGUUUCCGCUCGUUUUUGUUGAAAAACCUUGUUCUGAUUAGAUGGGGACGUCUCAGAGUGUUUCUGUUUUUACAGAGGAGUUACUAGACGAAUAUACAGCACUAACAUUCCUCACUAGAGGGGAAAUUUUAACAUUGUAUAAGGCCUUCAGCUCUCUAGGCUUAGAUCGAAUUGAUAAUUUCGACAAAAGGUAUCCAGUCCAAGAUAUUCAAGAAUGUUUUCCACAGCUGAAGUGUAACCCUUUCAAGGAUAGGAUCUUCAAGGUCUUCUCAUCAGCAAAAGAUGGGCAAUUUUCUUUUGAAGAUAUGUUAGACUUAUAUUCUGUUAUGUCCUACAAAUGUCCAGACAAAGUCAAAGCUGUUUGGGCAUUCAGAAUAUUUGAUUAUGAUGAGGAUGGUGCUUUAGAUGAGAAGGAUCUGAUGAUUGUCAUAGAUAAGUUGACUCAGAGUGAAAAAAGCGGCAACGAGAUAGCUGUAGAGAAUAAAAAGCACAUAAUAAAAGUACUAUUGAAGGAGUUUGAUUUAGAGAGUAAUGGCGCAAUUACACAAUUGGAAUUUCAGCAUGCUGUAGGCAAAAUUCCUGAAUUUGCACAUUCAUUUAGUUUCAGGUUUUGAGAGGCCAAUAUAUUGAAGAUAUGAACUACCCACAAACUCUUCACAAUGCAAAUCUGAGAGAUUAUAAUUUUAUUUUAUCCAUUAUAUGAUUCCAUCAGUACAAGAAGAAUAUUUAAAGCUGACAAAAUUCUAUCAUGCAGAUAAUACAUGCAUGUUAUAAGAU